UGUGUCGACUUGUCUCUACCGGAAGCUUGAUGGACUCCCAGUCACAUCACCAACGCCCAUAAAGCGGCCACAUACAGGAAAUGCACCAAGCGUCCGAGAGAACGAUAUACUUAUUCCGUUUCGACCGGUCCAUCUUCGCUGCAGUGGUUAUUUGUACAACAUUUUGAGUUUUUAUUUUUUUUAGCCGCUGUGUCGCUGCAUGACAAUUAAGCUAGCCCCGCGUCGCAGUACUGUACGUUGAUCACUUCAACAGUCUUAACUCCCUUGUUAUCAGAAAAAUGGCAACCCAGAUCGAUAAAGAGGGUUGCCGGGAGGCUUACAACCAAGUAAGAGACGACAAUACGGACACAAACUGGGCUGUGUUUAAAUACCAAGGCUCCAUGAUCGUGCCUGCAGAGCAAGGGACGGACUAUGAGGACUUCAAGAAGAUGUGCACUGAUGAUGCUCGUCUGUUUUGCUUCCUGCGGAUCAUGACGGGUGACGCAAUGAGCAAACGAGCCAAGUUCACCCUCAUCACCUGGAUUGGAGAGAGUAUCAGUGGGCUGCAGCGUGCCAAAAUCAGCACCGACAAAGCGCUGGUAAAAGAGAUUGUGCAGAACUUUGCCAAGGAGUUCAUGAUCAGCGAUCUGAAGGAAGUGGAUGAGGACUACAUUCGCACGGAGCUGAAGAAGGCAGGCGGAGCCAACUAUGAUGCCCAAGCCGAGUAGAGAAGUGCCACAAUUCAGAACAAAAAAGAAAUGGGAGGUUUGGAAGAAGAAUAGGUGGUAUUGGAGGUGUUUGCUGACAACAUACACAAAACAUAGACUGAACAUCCUUUUAAAACAAGAACCCCAAAAUGAGCCUGACGGGGCAAGACCUUAACAGUAUGAGGGACACGUGGAUUCACGCUCGCUAUAACGUGAACUAAACCUGCUCUUUACAUGCUUCGACAUACUUCAAACAUGAACUAUGGAAGCCAUCAAAACCCAUCAAUACAUCCAUUUUCUACCGCUUGUCCCUUUCGGGGUGCCAUCAAAACCAACAUUUGUUAACUUCUAGAAAACCUUAUUAGUUUACCUGAAACGUAUAGAGUCUCUACAGUUGACACUGUUUAUUUAUGUUGACAAACUCAUCAAGUCCUGGUCUGAAGUCUUCUCUUCUUAGUCUUUUCAUUCCGCUUUUGUGGACCUAAAAUGUGAUCCUGUUUAUGUCAACGUGUGUUGUAGUAUUGUUGACUUAAUUAUAACCGCAAAAUCAGAUUAAUGGAUCUGCUACUUGCCUUCAAAGCUUUGGCAUUGAACUUAAGGUUCCUUGUUUUGUUCUUCUUUCAUUCCUCUUUUUGCAACUAUCCAUCCAUUUUCUACCACUUGUCCCUCUCGGGGGUGGCUGUAGCCUAUCCCAACUGCAUCCGGACAGAAGGCGGGGUACACCCUGGACAAGUCGCCACCUCAUCGCAGGGACAACACAGGCAACAUUCACACCCGGUUAUGUUGACAUGAGUCAACUAAUCGGAGGAAUGUUGAUUUAAAAUAGAUUCCACUGGACUACGAAUUGGUUUAAACGACGCCGUACGCUGCAGACUAGCAACAAAGGAUUGAAUUGUGUCUUGAUCAAGGUUUCAUUUCUUGUUUAGAUGACAACUUUCCACAAAAAUGUCAAAGAUGCUAACUUUACAUAAAUAUGCUAACCUUACAAGAAGAUGCUAAGCUUAGAUAAAAAUGCUAACCUUAGGUACUAUAGCGGCAAUGAGAAUAUCCAUCCAUCCAUUUUCGACCGCUUGUCCUUCUCGGGGUCGUGGGGGUGCUGGAGCCUAUCCCAGCUGCAUUCGGACAGAAGGCGGGGUACACCCUGGACAAGUCUCCCCCUCAUCACAGGGCCAACACAGACAACAUUCACACAUUAGGGCCAAUUUAGUGUUGUCAAUCUACCUAUCCCCAGAUGCAUGUAUUUGGAGAAGCCGGAGUACCCAAAGGGAACCCACCCAGCCUUGGGAAGAACAUGCAAACUCCACACAGAAAGACCACGAGUCCAGGAAUCGAACCGAGGACCUUCUUAUUGUGAGGCACCGGCACUAACCUCUGUUUCACCAUGCUGCCCUGCAAUGAGAACAAGGAAGACAUAUUUAUUAGUUUACAUGACUCGUUCUAUUUCAACACCACGAAAAGAAAAAGCACAGAAAAGACACUGAUAAUCAACUUCCUGAAUCUCGUUUAGUCUUUCAAAAACACCUAAAAGGUCAUUGUUUCCUGUUACUCUUGCUCAACUCUCCACUGAACAAUCAUGAGUUUUGACAUAAUCAACAAAAUAAACAUACUGCACUUGUUUAAGCUUAAAAUGUAUUGGCAUAGGAAAAAUAAAUCAGAUGUGGUGCAUCUAUGUUGCUAUGGUAACUGCUACUCAAUUCAUGUGCAUGUUAUAUAUCCAUGUAACACGAAGAACGUCAGCUAAAAGCUCAAACAUUACAAAGCACAGAUGCGUGAUUAUAAAAACAGGCAAACGAAGCCAACAUUUAGCUCGUCCACCAGUACAAGUAUCGUUCUUCCGCUGCUAAAAUGUCUUCUUUUAUCCAGCAGCAAACACACCAAAGUAUUGACUUUCACAUCAACAUCAUCAUGCACACUAAAACAUGUUUGAUGGGUUUUUUUAAUAAACCUUUCAUGUGCUGAAUGUGUACUGUUCAUUGUCACAUCCCAGCUGCACAGUGAAGUUAAUAACGCACAGAAAUUCAUCAUGUAAUAAAAUGAAAGCUACCAUACACAGAACAAUAUUUGUAUCAGUCUGAUGGUCGCCCUCUUGCUUUGUGAGUGCCUCCGACUACUAUGUCAUCUCUAUGGAGUCAAAAAUCACAUCAUUGCUUCUCAAGUUUUGUUUUUGUAGAUCUUUUUUUCUUUUUAAUUAUUUUAUACUUGCAAGUUUCAUAUGUGCUCCCAAUAAACCACAAUAAGACUGAAACUUAUAGACGGCCAGUAUUUCCCAUAUUGAUGAUAUUGAUGCAUUUAAUGUUGAUUUGUUGAUGAUGAUGAUGAUUGUCCGACUAAAAGACAAUAUUAUGACAAGACAUUUAUACACGAUUAUUCCCUUUGACUGCACAAGAAAUAAAGUUGUGCAAAAUAAGUCAAGAAAAGCAAAAACUACAAAAUCCUUUGUUUUGUCCUUAAAUUCCUCCCUCCUGUGCCUCAAAGAACAUUCCCUGAAUUUGUAAUCAAUAGAACAACAAAACGGCGUCAACACAAAGCGGGGAACUUAGAAAAAUAUGUAUCACCAUUCUGGUAUCAAUCUAAUACUGAUACUUCCCCUUGGUAUCGAUGCAGUUGCUAUUUGAACCAAUCUGUCCACCCAUACAUUUUUAGUGUGGAUAAAUAAUAUUGUAGAAAGACACAAUUAGGACAGUUCCUUUUUCAUUGAGCAGCAGCGGUUUUAGAUCAUUUGUAAAGGGGGAAAACAAUGAAAGGUUACAUAUUUGACUGCCUUACCAUGCAGAGACAAAUGGUGGCGCUUGUUGCCAGCACACUGUGAUAGGUGACCCCUCACAAAGGUUUUAAACCUAUGAUGGCGUCUUUCACUUGUAGCAUCUCUCUUUGCUUCCUUGAUUUCUCGCUUCAUCCUUGCCAUCUUUGGCAUUGGUGGAAAAUCAAAAUGUGAAUGGACUCAAAAGUCAGUCAUUGCAAAAUAAAAUGGAUGUUUUUUCCCUGAAACGUA